CAACAAUAAAAAAACAAAAGAAAACAAGGCUCCCAAAACCCAAAUCAAUUACGAUUUACGAGUACUCCGUAGCUGAAACAAAAUAAGAGUAAAGGACGAAUUGGAGCGCCAACAUCAGAAGCAAGUCAAGCAACUCAAGCAAGGCAACUGCUUUCUUUCAACAAGAUUUUGGUUGCAGUAGAAGCUAAAUUCUUGGAGCUGGCGCUAUUGAGCUUGGAUUUCGCCAACGAAAUUUGGAAGAAAUUUGUCGGAAAAUAUGGUCUGGGGGCUCUUUCCUGUUAACCCACUUUCAGGGGAAGAGAAGUACUAUAUAUACACAAAGGGAACAUUCAAAGUGGGAAGGAAAGGGUGCGAUGUAAUAUGCAAUGAUAAAGGUGUCUCACGUAUACAUGCUGAGAUCAUUGUAGAAGCAAUGGAAUCUUUGGAACCUAUCGAGAACAGAUCAUCUAGAUUAACCUCUAAAGUUCGGAUAAAAGAUUCCUCCAAGUAUGGAACAUUUAUUGUAAGAAAUUCUGGCAUAAAGGAAAAAGUUCAUGAUUGCCCUGGCAAAGAAACAUAUUUGAAAGAUGGGGACACGGUAAAAUUUGGCACCGGGGAUCUGACAUAUAGAUUUUCGUAUGUCCCGCUAAUUUUCUACCUUUGCAAUUUCACAAGCUCGCAAGGAGUUCCUUUCACUCAAGAUAAAAUAUCCUCUAUAGGUGCUCGUGUUGCACAUAAGUGGACAACAGAAUGCACGCAUGUAAUUGUGGAUCCAUUCAUGCCUGUGAACGAGGAAAUAAUUGAUAUCAUUUUGUCUAAGAAACCACUAAUACCAAGUACUUGGUUGGAGAUUGUUGCAGGAACUAGGAUAAACAAUGAAAUUCCAAGUUACAGUCAAUACGUUCCGACUUUGACUUUGGAUGGUGAAUCUGUGAUGGUAGCCGAUACCAGGACUCGUGAAAAUUGUUUAAAAGGAUACACUUUUGCGUUGGAUUCUGCAAAUGAGUAUAGAUUUCAAGAUAGGGUGCAAAGGUUGUUGGAAAUUGCUGGUGCAAAAGUUCUUUCUAUUAAAAAUUCAAUCAGUCAGGACCGAGUGGUGCUUGUAAUCCCUGCUGAUUCAGCUGAGCGAUUCUGCCAGAACAGCACGCUGUCUAAAAUAAAUGAGAUCAAAUUGAUUGUUGCAGUUAUAUCAGGGUAUCUUGAUCCAUCAAUCCUUGUGUCGUCACCCAUAGUAGUUUUGUCUUCAUGCUCAACAGACGAGACAGUGGUAGCAGACUCUGAUGCAGAAGCAGAAACUGCAACCUCAGAUCAUAUAACUAUGACUAAUGCAGUAGUUGGACAUGCAAGUGAUGAGAGUGAAAGGAAAACAGUUAAUAAACAUACUGGUUCUCUGAGUGAAGAUGCUCUACUUACAGAUUUAUUGCUGCAGAAUAAUACAAAAACAGUCAGAGGAAAGGAGGCUACUGAACGCAAAAAUAUUGACAAGAAAUCUGCAAAUCAAGGAGACAGUAAUGUUCAGAGGUUUUUUGAGCCAAAGAGGGAAGUAACCAUUGCCAGGAACAAUGAUUUGAAAAGUUCAAACUCAGAUAUUCUUUAUAGCCAAAAUUUAAUUGUCAGAGGUACUAAUAUACAAGUCUCAACUGGUACUGUGGCAGACGGUGGAGUUGUUAAUUUCAAGCGAUUUAGAAAGACUGAUAUUCAGUCGGGGAAUAGCUUUAGCAACUUCGUGUCAUUUUCAAAAUAUCCAUAUACUGAUUCUGACUAUGAUAAGGAAGUAAGUGAAUAUGUGAAGGACGAGAAAAGGAGGAAGCAGAUGGAGUCUAUGGCGGAGGACUUGUUCAACACUGAAAGGGGGCGGCGUCGUGGAGUUGCUGGUUCUAUUCAAGGACUUCUGAGUCGUAGCUGAUGAAGGUCCGUACUCCAGCAUUGUACGUGGGGGGUCAACCUAGUUGCUAGAUUAUCCUAGAGACAAAUGAACGGCAGAGUGUAUAUGGGGCGGAGACUGCAUGCUCAGCUUGUUUCAAGCAUACAUUUGUACGGAUAAGAGGUGAAAUUCUGCAUAUCUUGGCAUGGAUGGUUAUUGUUUCCAAUAGAAUAGGGGGGUAUUUGUGUGUACUUAUUUAUGUGUUACAGUGUACAAGUUCUCUGCAGUCAAGUUUUUCAUUUGUUUUUUACUUCCUUUUUCGUUAAAGUUAAGUUUAUUAUGGAUACCAAAGAAUCAAUUUGAAAUCAAGGCAACCGUCACUGAAACCCCAGCAUUUUGGACCUAGUGGCCAAUUCAACGGGAGAAAUCCAGUUCAUGUUUUGUUAAUAGUCUUGGAAAGAGUAGCAGAGAAUUGGUUCGUGGAAAAUCUGUUUGGUGUCUAGAGGGAACUUUUUCGUGUUUGGAUGAAAUGCGAUGGAAAGUGAGGACUAAGGCCUUUUUUUCAUAUUAUUUCCAUCUUAUUUCAUAAAUAAUAAGUUCAAGUAUGGUUUAAUAAUAGUUUAGAUGGGAUAGUAAGGGAUACCACAAGUUAUAUGCACAAUGCAUGGUAUAUUUUGAUAAUCAGUUGACUCCCUAAAACUCGAAGUAGAGUUUAAGUGUCGCCCGCCCUGAACAAAUAGGGCCACAAGUAGUCUGGGAAAGACAGGUCAAUCGAGGCUCCUAGGUCAAUUAAGGAGAAAAUGGUAUAAAAAGUUAUUCUAGGACCCUUGAAUAAAAGUACGAGAAAUAAAACGAGCGAUCUUUCGAUUAUUAAGUUAUUUUAGCUUGUUUUUCUUCUAACUAAUGAGAUUUACCAACCUUGUUCAUAGAGUAAUAGAGUAUGGACUACUCCCUAAUCCUAAUUUUUUCUGUAACUUUUAAUUAAAAUUAAAAAUUUAUUACUAAAAAAAAUUAAUAUAUGAAAAAAAGGUUGAUGGAUAUAUUAUUUUGUUUAUCGAUUAUGGUUUUAUUAACUUUUAUAUUAUGUAAAAAAUGUUGAGGAAUAAAUAUUUCAAAGGUAAUUAAAUAAUUACCUUUAUACAUUAUUAUUGGUAUUGAAGAAAUAAUUUUUAUUAAAAUUAAAAAUUUAUUACUAAAAAAUACUCCAUCUGUUCCUAAUUGUCUGAUUUUGAGAAAAAAAAAACAUGGUUAUUAAAAAAAUUGAAAAUGUGUAAGAAAAACAAUAAUUAAGGGUGUUUUUAUGCGGGAGGGGGUAAAGUAGAUUGUUUAUUGAUAAAGGCCCUGUUCGGCAAAAUUAGCGGUAGCGGGUAGCGGUUAAAGUAGCGAGUAGCGGUGAAUAGUAGCGGGUAACGGUUAGCUGUCAAAGUAGCGGUAACUAAUAUGAGUGUUCGGUAAAAGUAGCGGUUGAUAUUAUAAAAAUAAAAAUAAAAGCAAGAAUAUUAUUUAAAACUUUAUUAUAAAUUUGUCAAACGCUACCCGCUACCUUAAACGCUACUAAUUUUAACGUUUGACAAAAGCUACCCAACCGCUACCUCAACCGCUAACCGUUACCUAAAUCGCUACUUUACCAAACACAUACAAAUUUUACAAGUAGCGUCUUGACUAGGUUAAAAUGCUACCCGCUACCUCAAACGCUACCGCCGAACACGCCCAAAGUAUACAUAAAAGUGAAUGUGAAUGAAAAAAUGAGAACAGAGUAAAAAUAUAAAUCAUGAUUUAUGGGAAAAGAGAAAAGAUGUGGUCAAAAGAGAACAUCCAAUUUGAAAUACAGUACACUUAUUUAUAACCAGAGGAAUUAGAUAAAUUUUACAUAUAAAGGAGUAAUUUUUAAACAUUUUGAGUUACUUUUUGCUUGUGCAGUAUUUAUUGUUGUAAUUAAGAAUUAGUGCUUCGUAAUUAACAACAUUAUCUUUUGAAAUUUCCCUUUUUAAAGUACUGUAAUGUCUGUAAACAUAUGUUCUCGUAUCGUGAUUCGUGUCUCAAUCUAGUUCUGACACAACUCCCUUCACCCACUCGUCAGUCGUCACUUCCCAAAUUUCCAACCUCUGUUUCAUUUCUGAGAUCCAACCAAAACGCCAAAUUAAACUCCAUCCUCAUAACAAAUCUGAACCCCAAAUCCUCCUCCAAUGGGUUUCCGCCUUCUCUACUCCAUUUUCUUCUUUUCUCUAUCCUGCACCGCCUUCACUUUCCUAUAUUUCACCCUUGCUCCCAUCUUCUACCUCACCUUCUGAUCCACUUAUCCCUCCACGCCGGAAAACCACUUUCCCGAGGUAAUUAGUGGUUUUCCGGCGGGACCUAUUGGGCUUUGCAAAUGAGUUGAUAUGAGCACCGUUCCGAUUUCGGGUUUUUGUUGUAUGAUAGGAUUGCUCAUUUGGGUGUUUGUCUUUGCCCCUUUUUCUAAUUUAACUUUUAUGGGGAAAUUUGUUGAUGUAUUUUUUUUUGGUGUUGAAGAUAAUUGACUCUA